GAAUUCCAGACAGAGUGGGGAAAACCCGCCCCGCGGUAAAUGCAAAGUGCAAGAACUGUCGAUCGAACUCUAAAACAUAUGUGCAUCUUGUAGCAUUCAUAAACUGAUUUAACUGUGCACCUGUUCAUCUUUGGUAAAUGCCAGUGUCAGGAACAUGCCGCCUGUGAAUUCUUUUAGCAUACUCCAGACAGAACGUAUAUACCUACAGCAGCGCCUGCAACUGAAAGGUACACGUCUCUUAGAAUAUCUUCUCGAGAAGAAGGUGAUCACUCCCACACAACUGGAAGACAUCCUAGAUAUUCCCCAAACCAGCAAGAAAAUAACAAAACUGCUUACGUUGUUGAUGAAGAGGCCAGCUCACGAAUUUAAACAUUUCAUGAAGGGACUUGAAGGGGAACAGGAUCAUGUUAGGGACUAUCUUCAAGAGGAGAGGGCAGCAUCUUCAGAAGAAAAUAGUAACACUGAUGUGGAAAUGGCGGAGGACCCGGAACCUAUGGAUGAAUACACUGAAAAAGACUGUGGCGAUGAUAGUGAUGAGGAUGGAAGCGAGGGCAGUGACACCGACGAAGACAGCGGUCAGCCACUGAAGCUUAUAAAAGAUUUCAAGAUGGACCCUCAGGAGCAGGAUGUGACCUUGCAUGUCAAGGUCCUUGAGGUGAACAAGUGGAGGAAAAGUCCAACAAGAACCAGUUCAGGGCCACUGUGGCUGAUGCCACCUCAGCUGUUGACAUUUGUGUGAGGAAUGACAAACUCUUUGACAAGUUCAAACUGGAAUGCUGCAUUAUUCUGAGAAAUGUCACCUGGAACGGGAAGGUUUUAUUCACUAAGCCCUCUUCUACAGCAACCUUUGCUUCGGAGAUUCUGGUGCCCAAACAUGUCAUCGCCAAAGCAUUUGGGAAAGGUGACCCAGUGCCCAUAUCAAAAGUCCGCACUCUGCCUGAUAUGUCCUGGAUUAAAUUGAGAGGAAAGAUUGUGAAGCAAUCCCCUCUCAGAAAAAGGAAGUGCUAUGGGAAGGUGUUAUCAUAUCGCCAAGUCAAUCUGAAGGAUGAUACUGGUUCUGUCUACGUGGACGUGUGGGGCGACAGCGCAGAGCAGAUGCAAUCAAGCAAGGUUGUUGAGGUAGAAUCUUGCAAGAAGCGACAAACUUCAAGUCCUGAUGACCCAUGGGUCACCACAACAACCAAGUCUUCAGUAAAGUACCUACCCUCCACACAACUAAAGCAUAUCCGGAAGGAUCGUUACCAAAGAGGUACGCUUGUCGGGAUCGACGUCACACUGUACAUGUCAUGCCCAACCCCCCGAUGUUUCUGUUACCAACUGACAGACGGGCUAUGUGAGUCGUGUCAGCGUCAGAUCCCAGACCAGGACCAGGAGAGCUAUGGAAUGGCCAUCAUUGACGUCCUGACACAGAAAGGAAACAUUCACUCACUGACCGUUUACUGGCCAGAGCUCCUCCAAUUCUUCCGAUUGUUCAAGAAGACCCCACCAGGGCGUGAUAAGGAGAAGAUCGUCAAAGCCUUUAAUGAUCUGGGGAACAAGACCGUGAGAUACCAGGCAUGUGGGAUUGUCAGCAAGUUUAAACGUUAGACUGAAAUACAGUCCUCGGAGUGUCAGGUGCUGGCAAAUAUGUCAACUUUCAUGUUACAUGGGUCAAAGACCUUUAGCCGAGAUGUAAUAUGGAGCCUUGAAAUGGAGUGGUUUAUUUGUCACGUAGUGAUUGUUGUUAUUUUAAGAGGAUGCCUUUUGAGUUCUAAGUGUCAGCGUACUAAAGAUUCAUAUUUUGCACUGUGUAUUGGUACAAAGAAGAUUACCAAGAACAUUUGCUGACCAGGUGGACAGGGAACUUUCUUCCUGUCGUGAGUCACUUUUAUCUGUUAUAUGGGUCAAAGAGCCUUUAGCAGAGAUUUAUAAUGAACAGCAAAAGAAACGCAACUGGGUUUUUUGGUCAAGUUUUUAAAUAGAAGACAUAAACAUGAACGCUUACUUUUAUGAGAUUUCAUUUUUAGAAAACGUGCGUUUCUUUUGCUGUUAGUAUAUUAUGGAGCUUUCAAAUAUGUUGAUGAAUUUUUAUGUGCUGCUGCAUGUAUUUGCAAGUAUUCAUUUUUAAUAUAUUUUAAGAUUUAUGAGCUUUAAGUCUCAAUGAGCUGUAGAUUCAGUAUUUAGUGAAUUGAUACACAUAUCUGUGUUGGUACAUUUGCAAGUCUGACUAAGCAGUCAGUAGAUGGUGAACUUUCUUUCUGAUAGGAAUCAAUUUUACGAAGAUUGUAAUUUCUAGUCCUACAUCAAGUCUUCACAUAUCUAUUGUUUAGGGACUGUUCAUAAUUUAUGGCUGGUGUGUGUGUGUGAUGUGAUAUGAUUUUUAUGGAGAAGCAUGUACAAUGUAAAUGACCCCCCCCUAAAAUCUAUGUACAAAAUAAGUGACAUCC